GCUCCACACUCAUUGUCCUACCAGAUAUCGUCUCCGCUCGCUCACAUCUGCAUCGGCGGCAUCACUGUACCCAACUGCUGCUGCAAACAUAUACACGCUUCAAUGCUAGCUUCAAUAUAAACAGGGCUUCACGCUCGCGCCGUUUGCCAUAGCCUCACCUUCCCCGCCGCGUGCAACACCACAUAUUCCUUUUUCUCUGCUGCUCCUCUUGGAUUGACACGCUUCUAUCAACAAAAUGGCUCCCUACGAAGCCCACGAGUUGCGUCGCGGCAAGUACGCGAAGCUCGAUGCACCCGUGGACGAUGACCUUGAAACCCCAACGCGAUUCUCCUCCGAGUCCAACGAGACCCUGGAAGAUCUCGAAGAACACGACCCCCUCGCAUUCGAUAGCAAGUUGAAACGAAAGAAGAGUGCCGGCGACCUCAAGGUCCGGAAAGCAUCGUACCGAGACACCGAGGCCGUGACGCCAUUCCCUACCCAACAACGAAGAUCCAAAUGCGCACCAGGCCGCUGUUGCUGCUGGCUGCUCGUAUUUAUCGCCGCUACUGUUUUGCUACUGGCUUCGGGAGGAAUUUGGGCAUACAAGGUGUCGGUGCCUGAGGAUGGUCGCAGUCCGCCGUGGUACCCCUCGCCAAAGGGCGGAACAGACAAGGCAUGGGAGGAGAGCUACAAGAAGGCUGCUGAACUGGUCAAGCAGAUGACACUACCUGAGAAGGUUAACAUUACCACCGGCACAGGGUGGAGCAUGGAUCUUUGUGUGGGCCAGACUGGCCGUGUGGAUAGGUUAAAGUUCCCCAGUCUAUGUCUUCAGGACGGUCCUCUGGGAAUUCGAUUUGCUGACAACAUUACCGGCUUCCCUGCAGGCAUCACCACUGGCGCGACAUGGAGUAAGGAGCUCUUCUACCUGCGCGGAAAAGCGCAUGGCAAGGAGGCACGACUGAAAGGUGUCAACGUUCUACUUGGUCCUGCAAUGGGCCCUCUCGGCCGAAUGCCUGCUGGCGGUCGUGUUUGGGAAGGAUUCGGCUCAGACCCCGUGCUCCAAGGCAUUGCAGCGGCCGCGACUAUCAAAGGCAUCCAAGACGAGGGCGUCAUGGCUACCGCAAAACACUAUAUUGCCAACGAACAGGAACACUUCAGACAGGCGUGGGAGUGGGGCCUGCCGAAUGCCAUCUCCAGCAACAUCGACGACCGCACCUUACAUGAAAUCUAUGCAUGGCCAUUCGCCGACUCGGUCAAAGCAGGUGUAACAUCUAUCAUGUGUUCAUACAACCAGGUAAACUCCAGCUAUGCCUGCCAGAAUUCGAAGCUGCUCAACGGAAUUUUGAAAGACGAACUUGGUUUCCAGGGGUUCGUUCAGAGCGACUGGUUAGCGCAACGUUCGGGUGUGGCGAGCGCCCUGGCGGGUUUGGACAUGACCAUGCCUGGAGAUGGCCUCAGAUGGGCCAAGGGUAACAGUCUAUGGGGUUCAGAGCUCACCAAAUCAGUUCUCAACGGCAGUGUACCCAUUGAUCGCGUCGAUGAUAUGGUUACUCGUGUCGUAGCGUCCUGGUACCAAGUCGGUCAGGACAAGUGGGAAAAUGAUGGGCCAAACUUUUCUUCCUGGACCAACGACCGUAUCGGUAAACUACAUGAAGGCAGCCCCUCGAAUCACGAAAUGGGUGUGGUCAACCAGUACGUCAACGCUCAAGGAGAGGGAAAAGAAGCUCAUGGACACCUGGUGCGUCGCGUUGCAGCUGAAGGUACAGUCUUGGUCAAGAAUGAUGGCAACAUGCUGCCACUAGACCGCAAAGGUUGGAAGACCGACGGAAAGGCCAAGGCAAAGUUCCGUGUCGGCGUUUUUGGUGAAGAUGCACGUCUCCCCCACGACGGCAUCAACCACUGCCCUGAUCAAAGCUGCAACGAGGGGACCUUGGCUUCAGGUUGGGGUUCCGGUGCCGUCAACUUUUCGUAUCUGGUCGAGCCCGUAUCUGCCAUCAGACAGGCGUUUGACAAUGAGACCGUAUACGUAACAGACUGGUUGGAGAACAAGCUCCCCAACCAAAAGGAGAUUCUCGAAGAUCAAGACCUUUGCAUCGUUUUCGCCAACGCUGAUUCAGGAGAAGGAUAUGAGCACUACGGAAACAUCCGAGGCGACAGAAAUGAUCUCAAUCUGCAAAAAGGCGGUGCCGAGCUCAUCAGAAAUGUUGCCAAAGACUGUGGAGAAGGUAUGGGCGACGUCGUUGUCGUCAUCCACACGGUUGGAUCUGUCAUCCUAGAGGAUUUCAUCGACAUCAUGAACGUCAGGGCAGUACUCAUUGCCCACCUUCCAGGUACGGAGUCUGGAAAUGCCAUUGUGGAUGUACUGUUUGGCGACGUCAACCCAUCUGGUCGUCUACCCUACACCAUUGCUAAGAAGGAAGACGACUUUGGUCCAGGCAGCAAGGUCAAGUAUCUUCCAAGUCCAUCCGACGGACUUGCACCUCAGCAAGAUUUCACCGAAGGCCUAUAUAUCGACUACCGCUAUUUCGACAAGCAGAACAUCACUCCCCGAUUCGAGUUUGGCUACGGUCUCUCAUAUACACAAUUCGAGCUAUCUUCCCUCAUGAUCGAAGAAAAGAGCGCAAAAACACCUCUACCCAAGCCUCGACCAGAUGGCCUCACACCCCCAACCUACUCCACCGUCCUUCCAGACCCAGAGUCGGUACUCUUCCCUGAAGGCUUUAACAAAGUAGAACAAUACAUCUACCCCUGGCUCGACUCAACCAAAGGCAUCAAGAAAUCCGGACCCCCACAGCCUCAACCUCCAUCCUCCCCACUUAGCGACGCAGGCGGCGGCCCAGGCGGCAACCCGGAUCUCUACACCAUCCUCCUCACUGUCUCCGCCUCUCUCGAAAACAAAGGCCCCCUAGACGGCGCUUCCGUCGUCCAACUGUAUAUUUCCCUCCCCCAAGACUACAAGGAUCACGAGACGGGCGAGCCGGUGGAUUUCCCUGUUCGUGUCUUGCGUGGGUUUGAGAAGGUGCAGCUUGAGAAGGGGAAGGGAAAGCUGGUUCAGUUUGAGGUUACGAGACGCGAUUUGAGUUAUUGGGAUGUUAAGAGGCAGAAUUGGGUAUUGCCCAUGGGAGAGAUUGGGAUCCAGGUUGGGUUUUCGAGUCGGGAUUUGCCAUUGAAGGGGAAGUGGUGAGGUGCUCAUUGUUAUUCUUGUUUUUCUGUUUAGAUGGUUGGGGUGGAUAGGUUAGGGAAGGAGUAUGAGGUAUAGGUUUUGGCGUUUUCUUUUUCUGUGCCCUUUUCUCUUUGAUACUUUUUCUUUUCUUUUGUG